AAGCUCGAGUGCAUCGUCGUUGGCGAAUCUCACGCCCUGAGACAGAAUUCUAAGUCAACUCGAGAAACAAGAAGCUGAGCCUUUUCUCGGACGAUCGAUACUGAUAGCGGAAGCGAUGACAGAACGCUCUCGUCGAAUAUUAGAAUUCGCUUCCCGAAUUCCCUCGGUGCACCAAUGGAGCUUGGUGGAACAGGGCCUGAGAGCGGGAGACUCUAUAUGAUCUGACUGAUCAGCUGAUCUGUUCACAACCGCCAAGAUUCGGCUUCCAAUCCCUCAUUCGAAUUUCGACUGGCCAGACUCCUGCGUGUGACCACGCACGGAGCUCCAGGGGAUCGAUCGAUUCCCGCUCUGGAAGCAACGUCCUCCAAGAUGUCGGGCAACCGUGAAGCGGAAACUGAGGUUUCCCGCAGGAUAAAUCUUCUCGACUUGCCCGACGAGAUGUUGGAGCACAUCCUUCGAUGGCUCGAUUCCCUCUCGUUGGUGGCGCUCUCGAUAACCUGUGAGAGCCUGCGCCGGCGUCUCGCUCAAUUCAGCUCGAAACUCAAAACGCUAGCAGUUACAGACGUGCUCUUGGAAUACGCCGCUCGCAACUCGUCGAACAUCCGAACGCUAGACCUCACCAACUGUCGCGCGGAGCCUUCGGUUUUGGAGGAGCUCAUCCUGCGAUGCCGAAGCGUCGAAGAGCUCAAGGUCGUCAACUCCGGCUUGAAGUCGCUCCAACUGCUCAACGUGCUCAAUUCAUUGGAGUUUAUCGAGAGCUUGAGCUUCAGUUUUUUCGACAUACCGGGAAAUGCGGACAAGUCAAUAUUUGGAGCUUAUCCUUCGAUCAAGAGAGUUUACAUGGAAGCGGCUCCUCUCAUCCGGGCGUUCAGUCCCAUCCUGGAUUUUUUGAACGCGUGCACCGAGAUGGAGUUCGUGCACAUCGCGUUCGUCGGGCGCGAGCGCUCAACGCAUAACUACCGAUCACGCACAAGCUGUCUGGAUGAAAACCUGUGGAGAACCCUUCACACUGUCCUCUUCUCAUGCCAUUUUUCUUCGCAUUCGACUCGAGAUCAGCUCGCUCGGGACUUGGUGCAGUUCUGCUCGGCGAGUCCUGAGCUGAAAUUUUGGGUUAGGGAUUGCAUGCGCUUCUGCGAACUCCUACCAGGAGUGGAUACGCGAGGCGUGACCGAAAUCGCUGCCUGCAAAGACAUUUCUACGCUGGAGGACAUCUGCAAUUGCAACGUCAAACUGCCUCAGGGAACCCUCGUGGGAUCCAUGACCCUACUCAAUGGACAAGCCGUGGAACAUAUGAUUGAGCUUGAUCUGACAAAUUUCCACGGGGAAUUUUCUGAUUGGGAGACUUUGACCCGUGCCGCUCCACGUCUGGAAGCCCUGGCGAUCCCGAUCUGCUAUGUACCCAAACUGCCAGACGGCGUGUUGGGCUUGGAGCACGACGACCCCCUGGUCCGAGAGAAGUCCCUCGCAUUGAUCCGAGAAUGCGAGGAAAACUGCAGCGUCGUACAUGCACUGAAGAAGAUCGUGUUGAAGAGACUGUACAUAACUGGGUUGCCGUUCGCUCAUUCGACAUCAUGCGCACAAUGUCGAAUCCGUUGGAAGACGUACGUUCUGGGAAAACUCGUCGUGCUGACAUCUUUGGAAGAGCUGACGCUGGCGUACAUCAACCCCCCUAUUCUGGGUUUCGAGAAUCUGGUACAUCCAGGAAUAAGAACGGCUCGAUUCUCGUUUCUGGGCUUGAGUGAGAAUGCCGAUCUCAGAAGUUUCAUGGAAGGGUGCAAGAGUCUAGAAUUCUUCAAAAUCGGAGCCAUGGAUCUGCCCUUGGAGGAGCCAGCCUUCUGGAACGCCAUUUCAUCGGGCGGCACGCUCAAGCAAGUCUGCAUUUCGAGGGAACUGAUGACUGCCUCGAAUACGAUCCCUGAAGAAAUUUCUCGGAAGUCCCUCCCUCGACUGUUGAAGAACAUCGAGGUUCUCCAUCUUCACAUCCCUGAAAAACACAGCGCGCUGGAAAAUGUUAUGGAAGAUCGGAUUGCCAAGGAAAACGCACUUAGAGCGACCAACAAAAUCCGCUUCUUGGCCCCGCCAUGUCCUACCUUGGGCUGCGUGCAAUUCGUUAAUCUCAUCCAGGCGGUGCCCGGGCGCGCUUUGUGCUGCUCGAGGAAUUUCAUCGGAACGAUCCCCUGCGAAGGUUGGACCAACGAAUGA